AUGGCAGAGGAAGGACAGCACAAAAAGCAGCACCAGGAGGCAACAACAAUGGAGGCAGGACUUUUGGAUAGUAUAAUAAGUCGUUUAUUAGAAUUUAGGCAAACAAGGGUAGCUAAACAACCGCAGGUUCAGCUUAGCGAAAACGAGAUCCGCCAACUCUGUGCUGUUUCCAGAGAAAUCUUUCUUCAACAACCCAAUCUUCUGGAGCUCGAAGCCCCCAUCAAGAUCUGUGAUGACACUGUUUUGGAAUGCUCAUCCUCGGCCGGACUUGAUAGCAGCAACGUCAAGCAAACUAACAGAAGCUUGAUCUUCAGGUGA